AUGUCCCAGUACAGUCAGAAUAUGGAUUCGAGUCGCUUGAAAGGAUUUUCACGAGUUUUAUUACUUGGCAUCUAUUAUGUUGCUCGCGGUUUAUCGUUGCUCUCGUGCAAUUUGGAUCGAGAGCAACUGUUGCUGCGGCCAAUACAACGUCGCAGCAAUAAGGUUCUAGCCCUGAUUUGGCGUAGCAUUAUUGUGUUGAUCUAUUGGUCGGUGAUACCAACACUUUUCGGUCAAUUUGUGCAGAAGCCAAAAAGCUAUGCUGAUCUCUUUGCAUUACUGCAAUCGAGUUCUGUUUCAAUUUUGGCCGUCACUUCGUUCAUUAUACAAGCCAGCAGAGAAGAGAAAUUUAUCGCAAUCUUGAAUCGUUAUUUGGAAUUAUAUCGUCAGAUUUGUUUAGUAACCAAAUCACAUCAAUGGGACAUGUUUACUGGUAAAUUUGUCAUAUUGUAUGCCUUGAAAGUGCUGCUGACCCUUUUUGGUUGUGUUCACGAAGUGGCCCCAUUGCUGCAGGUGCAAUCGAUUGUGCAAAUAAAUUUUGCCCAAAUGAUUUCAGUGAUCUUUGGCAUUUACAUGUGGUUCGGCACACUCUUUCUGCUGGAUGCCUGUUUCCUGGGAUUCCUUGUCUCGGGUAUCUUUUACGAACACAUGGCCAUGCACAUUAGAAUGAUGUUGCAAAGAAUGCGUCCCAUUGAAUUCCAGGAAGAAGAUGUUCCCCAUGAACGUAUGACUCACUAUAAACGCAUGCGUUUGUUAUGUGAUUUCACCGAUGAAUUGGAUGCCUGCGGCUCUGUUUAUAGUGAAUUGUAUGAAGUCACUCUGUCAUUUCGUCGCAUUCUUCAAUGGCAAAUUGGCUUUUAUAUCUACUAUAAUUUUUGCAUAAUUUGCCUAAUGUUAUAUCAAUGCAUUCUACUUUACUUGAGUGCCGAAGAAAUUGUUCUACUUACCCUAACAAUGGUGGGCAUUAAAUUGGCCAAUCUAAUUCUGCUAAUCAUGUGUGCCGACUACACUGUGAAUGAGUCCAGGAAACCUCUCCUUAUGCCCUUGGAUAUAGUUUGCACUGACAUAGAUCAGCGUUGGGAUAAGAGUGUGGAAACUUUUCUUGGUCAACAGCAGACACAAAAUUUGGAAAUUAAAGUUUUGGGUUUCUUUGCCUUGAAUAAUCGUUUCAUAUUAAUAGUUCUUUCGGCCAUUAUAUCAUAUCUAUUCAUAUUAAUACAAUUUGGCUUGUCUGGCGGUUUCGAGAAUUCCAAAACCUUAGAGUCAAUUUUUAAUCAAACUAAAAUUCAAUAG